AUGCUAAAAAAAAUAAAGGCCUUUGUUGAACCCCUAGAGCGUCUUUUGACUACUCAUGGGGUUAGAGGGCCACAAAAAUCAACAUCUUUAAAUACCACUUGUAAUUCCCAACUUUCUCAUUCAACAAAACAAUGUGCAGAUUUACAGAAACAGCUUGUAGAAUCUAAUUUCUCUCUAAUCAAUGCUCAAGAAAACUCUAAACUCUAUAAUUUUAUUGAGCAAAACUUUGGUCUUUUUAAUAACAAAUUUAAUUAUUUUUCAAAACCUGUUCCAGUUGCGUCUUGGAAUUCAAACCAACUUCAUAUACAAAACAGGAUAGGUUUAUUUCAUAAUCCCGUAUCUUUGUGUCCAAUAGGUCUAAAAAAUGUAUUUGUUGCCAAUAGCAGUAGGAAAUUCUCAACUAUUCACACAACAUCGAUGGUAAAUAAUGCUACCAAUUGCGGUGGAAAUGCUAUGUUUUACCUAGGCUUCAAACCAUUUUUUAAUCUUUUUAAUAAACCAGAUUCCUUAUUCUCAAAAUAUAAUCUUAAUAAUAAUUUAGAUCAAAAAAUUGAAAACAAAAAUGCAAAUAGUUUAAAGAAAAAUGAAUUUAAAUUUCAUGAAAAGUCGAUUGGUCGCAAACUUUUUGAUCAAAGUGAUAAAGCUACGUUAAAUAUCGAUAAAAGAAUAAAAAUUAGUAAUAAUAGUAGCAAAAGCAUUGAUUAUACCACUAGAAAUAUUCAAUACUAUAUGACUUUUGUGAUCAGUUCACCUCCUCCUCUCUGGUCACUUAACAGCAUGGCCACUUCUAUAUCAAAUAUAUCAAAUAUUAGUGAUACAUCUUUAUUUCAUAAAAAGCCGCCUGAUAUUCAACAACUAAACGAUUUAAUCGUUGAAGGACUUCGUGAGAAUUCAGAACUUUAUUAUAACCACAUGAAAGAAAUUACAUCAAUAUUGGAGAAAUUGUUGCAACAUGAAAACUAUGAAAUAAAAAUUUUUGGAUAUGAAUUAAGAGUCAAUUUUCCAUGUGGUAUGCAAAUUGAAGAAAUUGAAAACUUAUUAAAAAGUUUAGGAAUUAAUCCAACAAAUCCACAUUUUGAACUUGAGAUGAUAAAUUUUGAAGAUAGUAUUUUUAUUUCACCUGAAAUAUCGAAUAAGCAGAAUAUGGACUAUGAACUAUCUAUUAUUAGCUAUUCUCAGCCGCCGAUUUUUGGACCAGCUUCAACAACUUCAACGACAACAAAUGUAAAUAAACAAUUAUUUGGUGGCUUCCCUACUUCUACAACAGCUACACCUUUUGCUUUUGUAUCUAGUGGAUUGUCUAGUAAUGCGUCUACAACUAGUAGUAAUGCUACAGAUAAACCAACCAGUUUUGGAAGGUUUAAUUUUCCUGGUGCCUCUACCACAACCUCAACUACAACCAAUGUCCCAGCAUUAUCAUUUGGUGCCAGCACUUCUCAACUUACUACUAAACCAACUUCUACCGGUACUGGUUUAACAAGUUUUGGCGGAUCAACUCCUGGUAGUAACUUCCCUGCUGUUAAUGCUUCGAAUAACUUUGGAUCUACUUUUCAAACUGGUACAUUUGGGAGUGGAAGCUUAUCUAGUAAUGUUGGUGGUCCUACCAACACCACUACAGGUUCAUCGGGAUUAUUUACCUUAGGAGGUGGCGGAGAAAUUUCAAAUGUUAGCUCUACCCCUACAACUAGUUCAUCAGGAUUUUCUUUUGGAGGUAGUAAUUUUUCCACUAAUUCUACCUCUGCAACUACUGGAUCAUCAGGAUUUACUUUAGGAAAUGCAGGUGGAUUUUCCACCCUACAAAAAAGUACAUUUGGUAAUUUCACAACAACAGGAACUAUUGUUCCCACCACCACUACUGCUACUACAACUAAUGCACCAUCUGCAUUUAGCGGACUAAUCAAACCUGCCGAAACUGCAGCACCCACUGCAGCAUCUACUGCAGCAUCUACUCAAAACUUCUUUUCUGGUUUUAAACCAAAUAUUGGCGGAUUUGGACAAACCGCGAAUGUAUCAACAGCUGCAACUGGUUCUACUACUACACCUCAACCUUUAUCAUUCAACACAUCAGGUUUUAAUGCCAAUAAAGGCAAAGAUAGUAUAUUAGGAGGUUUUGGUGCCAAUACUAAAUCAACCUUUCCUACAUCAUCAUUGUCUACCAACACAUCCACACCCACCACCACAGCUCCCCCAAAAUUUCCUUUAUUUGGAAUAACCACUCCAACUUCUACCACAACUGCUGCUGCUGAUACUAAUGUAAUAAAAUCAGCUUCCCAAUCAAGCAGUACAAAUACCACUAAUGCUCCUGCUUCUAAUAAUACAACCACCACUGCUGCACCUUCAAUGUUUUCUGGACUUUCCACACCAAAAACUCAAGGACAAAGCCUAUUCUCAAGAAUCGGAGCACCCAAUACUUUGAAUAUUUCAAAAGAUACAACAGAAACGCCUAAAACAGCAUCAACAACACCGACCUCAUUAUUUCCUUCAUUUUCAGCAACCACAAAACCUCUUACAACACCUUCAACACCUUCAACAUCUGCAACAAGAUUUUCUAUUCCUUCAACCACUAAACCAAGCAUUCCUUCUAUUAAUUCCACUACCACCACCGCUACUACUACACCAUCAAUUAAAUUAUCUACACCAGUUACCACAAGUACAACCAUACCUUCAUUAUUAUCUACAACUACAACAUCAACAACAAAACCUACCACAACUACAGCUUCAACCUCGUUAUCAAUACCCUCUACAACAAAAACUGCUACUGAUCAAAUACCUGCAUGGUUAAAAAACAACAAUAUAGAAGGAAUCAUUGAUAAAUGGACAAAAGAUCUCGACAAUUGCACCAAAAAAUUUAAUGGUCAAGUAAAAGAAGUUCAUCAAUUAGACCAAAGAGUAAUGCUGCUUAAUGAUAAAAUUAACGAGGCUAAAAUUAUACAGAAUGAAAUUAAUGCGUUUUUAGAUGAAACAGAUAAUAAGCAAAAGGUUUUAGAAAAGGUUUUAGAUGAUUUUGAAAAACUUUUUGAUGAAUCUAUUUGGGAAAAUAUGAAUCCAUUUGAUAAAGAGAGAGAAGAAACGUAUAAAAUAACUGAAUAUGUAAAUCAAAAUUUAGAUAUUAUGAGUCAAGACUUGUUUACAUUAAUUAAUGAAAUCAACACAAAUCAAUCAUCAUCAUCUACUAAAGUUGGGAAGAUACUCAACUCACAUUUAAUAUCACUACAGUGGAUUGAUUCAUCAGCUAAUCAACUUUCUUCACUUAUUCAAGAAGCACAAAGUUAUUUUGAGAAAACUGUAUACUAG